GUCGGCCUAGGCCCGGCGUGAGUGUUACCUUAUCCUGCCUGUGCCAGGCGCGAAGAGACAGAAAGUCCACAAUCCUUUAGGCUUCGGUCAGAAGUUCCAUCCGGUUUGCAAAGACUGCGAAUCCGGCGGGGCCUACUUGCACAGAGGAAGAGAGCCGGACUCUUUCUUGAUAUUCUGACAUUUUUUUUUGCUCGUUAUUUCAGGGUCACUUUUUUUUUAAACUUGCCUGCAUGUCGGCCAACCGUUUUGCAAGGGCGGCGAGACCCCUCAGCCGAUCCCUGACUGUCCUGAACAAGAGCCCCUGCACAGCGGGCCAGCAACGCUUCGCUGCCUCGUCGUCCCGGCCAGCCGCUGCCGGCAAUGGUCAACAACCUCGGAUUGCCUCAACAUGGUCGCUGUCGGGAGUCUUGGCGAUUGCUGUAGCUGCCAGCGUGCUUGGUUGGGGCGCAUCUGAGCUCCGACACCGGGGGUUCCCGGGUGCCGUGCUGCUUGAUAGCGCAUUCCCGACACCCAGAUAUGCAAGCAUGCGAGAGAUGGAGCAGGCUUUGGAGGAAAUCCGCCAAGAGAUAGGAAACGACGACAUCAUUUCCACGGAUCCCGACGACUUGCACGCUCAUGGCUACUCUGAGUGGUCGUCGUCGAAUCCCGAGGGGCUGCCGGUCGCAGUUGCCUAUCCACGGUCAACCGAGCAGGUGUCAAUCAUUGCCCGCAUCUGCCACAAGUAUCGCGUGCCCAUCAUCCCCUACUCGGGAGGUUCCAGUCUCGAGGGUAAUUUCUCGGCCCCCUAUGGGGGCAUCAGCGUCGACUUUGCCUUCAUGGAUAAGAUUGUCCAAUUCAACAAGGACGACAUGGAUGUGGUUGUGCAACCGAGCAUUGGCUGGCAGGAUCUCAAUGAUCAGCUGGCCAAAAUGGGCAGCGGUCUUUUCUUUCCCAUCGACCCCGGCCCAAGUGCAAAGAUUGGCGGCAUGAUCGGGACCAAUUGCUCCGGUACUAACGCCGUCAAGUACGGCACGAUGAAGGACUGGGUCAUCAACCUGACAGUCGUCCUCGCCGACGGCACUGUCAUCAAGACAAGACGACGGCCCCGCAAAUCGUCAGCAGGAUACAACCUUAACGGCCUGUUCGUCGGUUCCGAAGGCACUCUAGGCUUGGUGACCGAGGCAACCCUUAAGCUCACCGUAAUCCCUGAAGAAUUCUCAGUGGCCGUCGUAACUUUCCCCUCAAUACGAAACGCCGCAUCUGCGGCAGCCGAGGUGAUGCAGACGGGGAUCCCCGUGGCUGCGAUGGAGAUCAUGGACGAGGUCCAGAUGAAAGUUGUCAAUAUGGGAGGGGCAACCGCCCCUCGGGUCUGGAAAGAAAUGCCCACCCUCUUCUUCAAGUUUUCUGGAACAAAAGCCAGCGUGAAAGAGAACAUUGACCUGGUCCAGAAGAUAACCAGGGGGCACAACGGGAGCAACUUUGAGUUUGCCAAGGAUGCGAGGGAGCAGAAACUUCUCUGGUCGGCGCGGAAAGAAUCGCUGUGGUCCAUGCUCGCACUUCGCAAGGAAGGAGAGGAAGUCUGGAGCACUGAUGUGGCAGUGCCAUUCAGCAGGCUUGCUGAUAUAAUAGAGGUCAGCAAAAAGGAGAUGGACGAUCUGGGCCUUUUCGCGAGCAUCCUUGGCCACAUCGGCGACGGCAACUUCCAUGAGAGCAUCAUCUACAACCGCCAGGACAAGAGCGAGAGAGACAAGGUUGAGACGUGCGUUAAGAACAUGGUCAAGAGAGCGCUGGAGAUGGAGGGCACCUGCACCGGCGAGCACUCCAUUGGAUGGGGCAAGAAGGAGUCCUUGCUCUGGGAGGUUGGACAGGACACAUUGGGAGUCAUGAGAGCUAUCAAGUUGGCACUGGAUCCGAAGUGGAUAAUGAACCCGGGCAAGAUCUUUGACAGGUAAGGCUAAGGGGUGUUCGAACAAAAAAAGGCUGGAUCUUCCGGACAGUGCGAUACAUUAGCAUGAUAUCUAUACAGCAUUGC